UAAGAAGAGAAUGCGGAUUACUGACAACGUUGAUAAACAUUUGUUGGCUACUUUAUGUACUUUUUUACACUCAAAAUAUAUAGCUAGAGAUUAUGCAAGAUCAUAAUAUCCAAUGACGCCACCUGGAGUACAUAUAAAUAAAACAGCUCUAGCUAUUAUCAUUGGAUUACUAGUAGUAAUAAUCUUAGGAUUUAAAUACAAAAGGGGUACUGACUCUGCUUUUUUUGAUAAAUUGAGUGACAAAAAAAUUGAGUCUAAUCUUCAGCAGCAGUCAAAAGUUAGAGACUUACAUUUAGAAGAAUUAAAGAAAGAACCUGAAAAAGAAAUAAAAGUGAACAAGGAACAUAAACAGGAAGAAUUGAAAAAGGAACCAGAAAAGCAACAAGGGAACAAGGAACCAGAAAAGGAUAAAAAAGAGAACAUGGCUGCUGUUGAUUGGAAAACGGUAGACAUAAACAGUGUUAAAAUUCCAGAUGAAAUUGUAAAGUCAGCUAAUGAAAAAAUGAAAGUUGAAGAAAAAACUUUCAAAGUAAUGGACUUGAAUAUUUUUGCAAGAACAGUAAAACCAGAAGGAGAAUGCAAAGGAGGUGUUGUAUUGCUGCAUGGACAAAGCUUUACAUCCAAAAACUGGGCAGAAAUAAAAACAUUGCAGUAUAUCGGAGCUAUGGGUUACACACCUAUGGCUGUUGACUUGCCUAAUUAUGGUAACAGUGAGAAAAAAGAUGUGGAUGAUGAAGUUAGGUUUAUGGAGGAACUGAUGAAAGCUAUUAAUUUUACAGCCCCUGUUAUUGUUAGUCCAUCAAUGAGUGGAAGUUUUUCUUUGCCAUUUUUACUGAGUGAUCCUAAAAAUGGUAAUAAGAAGUCACAUGGAUUUAUACCUGUAGCUCCUAUUAUUCCAGGAAAUUACAAGCAGUAUAUUAAAGAAUUACAGAUUCCAGCAGCAAUAGUUUAUGGUGAUAAAGAUUCAAAUUUCAAGAACAGUGUUGAAAAUGUUUUGAGCAAAUUACCGAACAGUAGACUUUUUAAAAUUGAAGAUGCUCGUCACCCAGCCUAUUUAGAUCAACCUGAGAUUUGGCAUAAAAUUAUAUAUAUUUUUCUUCCUGCUGCCUUUAUCAUGGCUUUAGAGCCCAAAAUAGGCGACACGUCUUUGCAAAUACCACAUUAUGUUCAAAGUGAUGCUAAUAAAGUCAAGAUCGAGGAUUCAACUAUCGAGAUAGUACUGGGAGAAUCAAGUUGCAGAAUUUUUACUAAGAAGGCUGUGCAUCCAAGUGUUUCUAAAAGUAAAGGUGACAUAUUGUUAUUGCACGGUUCCAGCUUUACUUCACAAACAUGGGAAGACAACAAAACAUUACAAUAUCUGGCAGCAAUGGGAUAUAACGCUAUAGCUGUUGAUUUACCAGGUAGCAAGGAUGUCAACAGUCCAUCUGCCAGUGGAAAAUACUCAUUAGCCUAUUUAGUUUGUGAUGCAACCAACGUCUCUGACAGAGCCAAAGCUUUCAUACCUGUAAAUACAGUGCAGGCUCCAGAUUAUUCAACAGAGGAAUACAGUAGAAUACAGAUUCCAUCUGCAGUAAUUUAUGGUGAAAAUGACAGAAGAAAUGAAAAUUUACUUCCAAAUCUACAGAAACUCCCAAAGGCAAGUCUAUAUAAAGUGAAGGAUGCCAGACAUGCAGCUUAUUUGGACCAACCUGAAGAGUUUCAUAAAAUCUUAUACAACUUUCUGAGAUCCCUGGAAGCAGUAGAAAAUUCUGACUAGAUUUAUAUAAAUUCAACAUUUUCAUUGAACAUUGAAAAAAGUAGAUUAUACCAAAUAGUUGAAGUGUUGGUUUUUUAACUUAUAAACUUUAAAAUCGCUUGCAGAAUUGAGUUUUGAAUACUUUUUACAAUCAAUACCUUUUAAUAAUUAAAAUGGUAUGCAACGCCUUCCCUUUUUAAACUUAUGCAUAUUUUGUAAGUUUUAAACCAUCCUCAAUGAAAGGAACAUAGAAAAUUUGAAUCAGUGAAGCUAAAAGUACAUAUUAUGAAUAUGAUACAUCGCUUGCAUUCAAUUAUAAUUUACUUUGAGGGAUGGGUGCAAUUCUUUAUAGAAAUUUUAAAAGAAUUAAAGAUCACAUCUGCUUGCUGUUUGGUAUUAUUGUUAUUUAGGCAACCUUUCAUUUUGUUUUUCAUGCAUACAUUAAUAAAAUGUUUUUCAUGCAAGCAUUCA